AUGACGCUAACCUUGAAGACCUCUUCUCCUAGCUCGAACCGAUCAACACCGAAACCCUUCCCCGGAGAUGAUGAUUCUCACUUCCUUCGCUACAGAAGCUAUGGAGCACAGACGACCACACUCUUCUUCGUCCUCGCGUCUCUCUCCCUCUUCGUCAUCUUCUCUCUCUACUCUUCCCCAAACGCAAUCUACUUCGCCACGACACGCCAGGCUAAACCAGGGACCGUCACCUACGUGAUCAACGUCCGGGACUCGAGCCAUAUCCGCAGGAUCAAAGCAGAGGGCGUCCUCUGGCCAGGAUGGGAGGUUAUGAUGAUCGUUUCACCUGAGGAUAACGUCAUGCCGCUGGAGAGCAACUAUACGUGUUUUUACCCUAACGGCGAGAAAUUAACGGCGAAGUUCGCCGUUUCUCUCCCGUUCACGAACCGUACCACGUUCAAAUGCAAACUCCCCGGAGUAUACCGCCACCAUCACCCGAUCCCGACUCCGAUCCUCGCCUCCUCGAGGUCCUUCGAGCUUUCGCCGGAGACGCGGUGGCCUGACCUCCCUCUGUGGAACUUUGUGGUGUUCGACACCAUCUCCACGGAGCACGACGUCGUUUUAUUCGUCAAGGGGCCGAACCGAGGGCUGGGGUCGAACAAACCGCCGGGGACGUUUCGGUGCGUGUUCGGCGAGGAGUCUGACUCCGCCGUUAGAACCACCGUGACUAGCUCCGUGCAAGAGGUUUUCCGAUGUCCGUUUCCUAACGUGACGAUGGACUAUCCGGUGAAAAUAUACCUCGAGAGGGUGGCCACGGAGAAGGAGGCGAUGAAAGUGGUUCCGUCCGUGGCGUACUUUAGCCCGAAGCGCACGUUAGUGGAGCCACGCGAGAAGUCGCUACUGUGCGCGACGACGAUGGUGUACAAUGUAGCCAAGUAUCUGAGAGAGUGGGUGAUGUAUCAUGCGACGAUCGGAAUACAAAGAUUCAUUAUAUAUGACAAUGGUAGCGACGAUGAGCUAAACGACGUCGUUGAGGGGUUGAAGAGCGAAAGAUACGACGUGACGAAAGUGUUAUGGAUAUGGCCCAAGACGCAGGAGGCUGGGUUCUCCCACGCGGCGGUGUACGGAAAGGAUAUGUGCACUUGGAUGAUGUAUCUCGACGUUGAUGAGUUUCUCUUCUCUCCGGUUUGGAGUAACAAGUCUAAACCGUCGGAUCAGAUGAUUAGAUCUCUUCUACCGUCGGAUCAAAGCAUGAUUGGACAAGUGUCGUUUAAGUCACUCGAGUUUGGGCCUUCGAAUCAGACAAGGCAUCCAGCUGGCGGUGUGACGCAAGGGUACACGUGUCGCCGGGAGGAAGAGCAGCGGCAUAAGUCGAUCGUGUUGCUGAGCGCGGUGGAGCAUUCGCUGUACACGGCGAUCCACCACUUUAGUCUGAAGGGAGAGUACGAGUGGCGAGUGGCGGACAAGGAGGAGGGGGUGGUGAAUCAUUACAAGUACCAAGCGUGGCGGGAGUUUAAGGCUAAGUUUAAACGGCGUGUGUCGGCUUAUGUUGUGGAUUGGACUAGAGUUUCAAAUCCUACGUCGAGAGAUCGGACUCCUGGAUUGGGCUUUAAGCCCAUUGAGCCAGAAGGAUGGCCCCAAAAGUUCUGUGAAGUCAUGGACAUGAGACUGAAGAGGUUAACCGAGAAAUGGUUUGGAUACCCAGAGAAAAACGGGUAUAGAAUGGCGUGGCAAAGAUGAAAAUGGUUGUUAAUUGUGUUAAUA